AUGAGCUCGUUAAGUCGACAAGUGCUCUUGCCUAGAGCUCCCACGAAUAUCGCUCGCAAUGCGCCUUCCUUCCAGGGCCGAACGGCUGCAUACCGCCGGAUAUCCACACAUGUCUUGAACCGCUCGAAUGUUGCAUCUUCGCCCUUGGUCUCUUCCGCUGCCUCGACACCCUCAAGACUGUCAUCGCCUUUCCUCCCUGCCUCUGUCGCCACCACCUUCGUGCGCUCAGUCUCGUUCAAGGAAAUGCAGGCUGAGCGCAAGCGUCAACGCGCCGCUCAAGGAUCCGCACCAAAGGAAGAGCCCAAGUCAGAGCCUGCUGCUAAGCAAUCAAAGGAUGCCGAAACAAAGUCCGAGCCUGCUCAAAAGGCAAAGAAGGCCGACGAGCCCAUGAGCGAAGCCGAGAGAAUCUACCAAGCCACUGCUGCCCGUGACGCCGGUGCCUACGUGCCUGACCCCGAGAACGAUGCGCCCAAGAAGGAGAAGAAAGAAGGCGAGGAGGCUGAGGGUGCAGCUGCUGAAGGCGAAGGCGAAGGCGAAGGCGAGGGUGCCGAGAAGAAGGAAAAGAAGGACAAGAAGCCUCCACCACCAAAGCACGGCAACAAGACCCCAUGGCAGGUCUUUACCGAGACGCUGCAGACCGAGUUCAAGGAGAGCAAGGAGUGGAACGAAGGUACCAAGCAAUUGUCUGGUAGCAUCCACGACUUCACCGAGAACCCCAACGUUCAAAAGGCUCGCGCCGCAUACGAGAAGAGUACUGGUGCCCUUUCGUCUGCUGCUGGAAGCACCAUCAAGACUACCGCUGGAGCCAUUGGCAAGAGUGCUGCUUGGACAUGGGACACCAGCGUGGUCAAGGGUAUCAGAUACGGUGCCGGUGCAGUCGGUUCGGGACUUGAGAAGGCCACUCGUCCUGUAAGAGAGACUGAGGCAUUCAAGAACGUCAAAGAGGUCAUUGAUGAUGGCAGCUCUAUGCGUUAUGGUGGUUGGGUCGAGAAGGAGGAGCGCAGAAAGCGCAGAGAGGCAAGAGAAGCAAAAGAUAUUGCUGAGGGUCGCAGACCUUCGGGCGAGCCCUUGGUAGAGGACCCCAACGCCGGAGUCAACGUCACUGUUCACAAGGAUGCCGCCUGGAAGGAGUCAUGGCGCGAGUUCCGCGACAGCAGCAAGACCAUGCAACGUCUCUUCGCCUUCAAGAACACCUACGCCGAAUCCGAGAANCCCUUGAUCUCCACCGCCCGUAGCAUCAGCGACCGUGUGGCUGGCUUCUUCGCUGAGAAUGAGACGGCAAAGGUUAUCAAGAAGUUCCGCGAGAUGGACCCCAGCUUCCAGAUGGAGCCUUGGUUGCAGGAGAUGCGCGAAUACAUCCUUCCUGAGGUUCUCGAUGCCUACGUCAAGGGCGACACCGAGGUCCUCAAACAGUGGUUGAGCGCAGCACAAUACCAGGUCUACGCCGCCUUGAUGCAACAAUACACUCAGCACGGCCUCGUAUCAGAUGGUCGUAUUCUGGACAUCCGUAACGUCGACGUACUCAACGCACGCCUGCUGGAGCCCGGUGACAUUCCCGUCUUUGUCAUUAUGUGCCGUACACAGGAGGUGCACGUGUAUAAGAACAAGAAGACUGGCCAGCUCGCCUCUGGUAUGGAGGAUAAGGUCCAGCAAGUCACAUACGCCAUUGGUGUCACCAGACUCCCCGAGGAUGUACACAACCCCGAGACUCGCGGAUGGAGACUGAUCGAACUUCAGAAGAGCGCAAGAGAGUACAUAUAA